AUGAGGAGCGAAGCACAAGUUCCUCCAGCACAAAAAGUUUAUUAUGAAGAACUUUUUCAAAUUGCUGAUGUGGACAAAGAUGGAGUAAUUGGUUUAAACGAUGCAUCAUUUUUUAGAAAUUCAAUGUUAUCAAAUGAUAUUUUAAGAGAUAUUUGGCAAUUAUCAGAUGUGAAUAAUGGAUAUUUAAAUAUUGACGAUUUUUUUGUAGCAUUAAAAUUAGUUUCAUUGGCACAAAUGGGAGCACCAGUUACUUUGGAUAGUAUUAAAUUAAUACCAGUUAUUCCACCACCAAAAUUAAAUGAUAUUCCCCCAUUAAAAAAUGAUUGGAUAAUAAGUAAUGGUGAAAAACAAAAUUAUAUAGAUUUAUUUAAUAAAUAUGAUGAGGAUGGUGAUGGAUUUAUUUUAGGAUCACAAGCUAAAACUAUAUUUGGUACAAGUGGAUUGCCAACAAAAAUGUUGAGCCAUAUUUGGAAUUUAUCAGAUGUUAGUAAGGAUCAAAAAUUGGAUUGUCAAGAGUUUAUAAUGGCAACAUUUCUCAUUAGAUCAGUAUUAAAAGGUUAUGAACUACCAAAUAAAUUACCAGAAUCAUUGAUUACAUCUUCACAUUAUAUUAGUUCGGCUGGUGUACCAUCACCAAAGAUUCCAGAAUGGUUAAUACCACCACCCGAGAGAAUAAUAUAUGAAGAUUUAUUCAAUAAGAACCAACAGGGAGGUAUAUUCACAGGUUCUCAAGCAAAAGUUCUCUUUGAGAAAUCUGGUCUCUCCAAUCAAGAUUUGAAAUUGAUUUGGGAUUUAGCUGACCACAAUCAAGAACAAGUUUUAGAUAAACAUAAAUUUGUAAUUGCAAUGUUUUUAAUCUCUCAAAGAAAAAAAGGUAAAGAAUUACCUCAAUCACUUCCUCAACUAUUAUUAGAAUCUUCAAAGAGUACAUUCAAUCCUUCUUCAAUAACUUCACCACCACCACAAUCUUCACCACAAUCUUCUCAACUACAACAACAACCACCACAACAGCAACAACAAACUGGUGAUUCAAAAUAUAAUAUAAAUUUAAAUGAUUUAGUUUCAAAUACCACACCAAUUGGCCAACCAAAUAUACAACCAACUACUACUACUACUACAACACCUGCAACUGCUUCAGGUGGCUUGAAUGUUAGUGGUUUACUUUCACCACCACCUCAACAGCAAUCACCUUCAAUUGUAGGUACACCACCUUCUACUAUAACAAGAGAAGGAUCAUUUACAUUUGAUAAUAGUGGUGGUGGUAAUAAUUUAUUAGCAAAACCACCAAGAAGUAAUAGUAUUACACGUAUGAAUUCAUUCCAACAUCAAUUACCACAACAACAACAACAACAAGUUUCACCACAAUCGACCAUUUCAAAUACUAGUAUUGGUAGUGGUAGUAGUAGUUUCUUAUCAACUAAUGCUACAACAUCAUCACCACCACCAAUACCAUCAACAUCUUCACAACCAACUUCAUCAAAUAAUAGUUCUAUAACUAGUAAUAAUAACAAUCCAAUUAGUCCAACAUCCACCAAUAUUACUCAAUUAUUUGAAAACAUUGAAAAAGUUAAACAACAAGUAUUUGAACAAGAGAGAAUUAGACAAGAGGAAAUUCAAGUUAAAUUGAACCAAGAAUUACAAUUGGAAGCAGAGUUAAAACAACAACUCGCACAAGAACAACAACAAUUAGAUGAGGUUAGGGAAAAUGUAAAAGAAGAGGAAAUCAAACUAUCCUCUAUUAAAGCUGAUAAUCAAUCAUUGAAAGAACAAAUUUCAACCGCUAGAGUCGAUAUUAAAUCAUUAAAAUCACAGUUGGAACAACAAUCAUCACUACUCAGAGAAAAGAGUGAAUUGUUUGACGAACAAAAUGAAGCACUCUCACACUUGAAUGAUGAUCUUAAAGAAAAACAACAAGAGUUACAAAAGAAUAAACAACAAAUCGAACAAUUAUUGUCAUCAAUUGAAUCGAUUAAACAAAAUCGUACCGAUGUAAAGAAUCAAAUUUCAACUGUAACCAAACAAUUGAAUGACUCUAAAUUAGAAUUAAAACAAUUAGCUGAGGAACAAAAACAACAAAAACAAAAAUUAGCAGAAGAACAAAAACAAUUACAACAAUUACAACAACAACAACAACAACAAGCAACUUCAAAAUCUUUAACCUCUGUUAAAUCUGAUGAUAAUAUAACUUUCCUUAGUGGUAUUAAUACAAAUACCACCUCUACAAACACAGCAACUUCAAUUCCAACUGCAAGUGUAAGUGGAAAUGAUAAUUGGGACUUUUUUAAUUCACCACCAGUUAAAUCAUCAUCAUCCUUACCAACUUCACCAUUUGAUGAUGAUAAAACUUUUGUACCAACAUUUACAACUACCACCACCACAACUAAUAAUAAUAAUAAUAAUAACACUAUAAAUACUAGUAAUGGUAAUUUAACAUUUACAUCACCAGUUAAAUCAACUGUUAAUCAAUUGAAAUCAUCAAAUUCAUCAGUUGGUGGAACAGGUGGUAGUGUUUCAACUAGAAAAUUAAGUGGUGCAAGUGUCAGUAGUAACAAUAGUUUCAAUGAUAAUACUAGUAUAGAUACAUUAAAUAAUCAUUUUGGUUCCGAUCAAUUUUCAUUCAACUCAUUUGGAAGUAAUAAUUUAACAGCACCACCAACAACCUCAUCUUCAACAAAUAAAGUUCAAUCAGAUUUCUUUGGUGUCGGUGGAGGAAAUAAAGAUCCAUUUGGUGGUGAUUCAAAUAAUAAUCCAUUUGGUGAGGAAAGUACAUCAUCAAUUAGGGAUGGUGGUUCUGAAACUUUAUCAGAAGCUCAUACUCUCUUUGAUAAAGAUCCACUUUUUGAAACAAAUGAUGCAUUUCAAUCCAGUAAAGAUCCAUUUGGUCAAAUUUUAUUCUCAAACUUUACAAAAGAUUCAUUUGGUGGUGAAAGUGUAUCAAACAAUAGUAAUAAUAGUAGUAUAAUUUCUUCAAAUACAAUACCUUCAUCAAAUUUUACUUUUAAUACAAAUUCAACAACAACCAAUAAUCGCCAAUCACCAAUUGAUUCUGAUUUAUUUAGUGACAAUCAACAACAACAACAACAACAACAACAACAACAACAACAACAACAACAACAACAACAACAACAACAACAACCAACUCAGUCAAAUCAAAAUAAUCAAAGUUUUACAAGUAAUGAUUCUUUUGAUGAUUUCCAAACUACACCAACACCAACCAAUAACAACAACAACACUACAACAACAGAGUUUGGUGUAAAGUUUAGUGAUACAACUUUUGGUGAUAGUUCAAAUGGUGAUUUUGAUUUUGGAAGUAAUGUAUUUGGUCAACCAAGUGCAAAUGAUCCAUUUUCAUCAUCAAUUGAACCUCAACAUCAACCUGAUACAAACAAUGUAUCCUCUGAUCCAUUUAAAGGUGGUUUUGAUGAUUUUGGAAGUGCACCAUUCUCUUUUGAUAAUAAAUUCAAUGAAGUAGUUGGCGAUGAUUCACCAUCAUUAACAACAGCAACAACAACAACAACAAAUGAUAAUGAUAAUGGCACUUUUGUUUUUAAUGACAAUAAUAAUAAUACACCUUCACCAUUUGAUUCUUAA